CUGCGCUACGGGACCCUCCUGGGCAGCAGAGCUUGUGCCCACAUGGCAGCAGCUGCCUGGGCCACUGGCUUUCUCUAUUCUCUGUUGCACACAGCCAAUACAUUUUCCCUGCCCCUGUGCCAGGGCAAUGCCCUGGGCCAGUUCUUCUGUGAACUCCCACACAUCCUCAAGCUCUCCUGCUCACACUCAGGCUACCUCAGAGAAUUCAGGCUUCUCUUGUUUUCCAUGUCUUUAGCAUUUGGUUGUUUCAUUUUCAUUGUUUUCUCCUAUGUGCAGAUCUUCAGGGCUGUGCUGAGGAUCCCCUCUCAGCAGGGACGGCACAAAGCCUUUUCCACCUGCCUCCCUCACCUGGCUGUGGUCUUCCUGUUUAUCAGUGCUGGCACAUUUGCCUACAUGAAGCCCCCCUCCAUCUCCUCCCCAUCCCUGGAUCUGGUGGUGUCAGUUCUGUACUCGGUGGUACCUCCAGCACUGAACCCCCUCAUCUACAGCCUGAGGAACCAGGAGCUCAAGGAUGCCCUGAGGAAACUGAUAACUGGAUGUUUUUCAGAAGCAAUAAACUCUCCUUCUUCUGUAUGUUAUCCAUCUCAUUAA